CCAGUAGUAUCAGCAGGUAUGCGAAGCCUGCAGUUGACUGCCUCCAUGGCAGUCUUCGCGUGUUCAUAGCCCCUGUGUGAUGCAUAGUACACCAGAUUACGGGACCGUCUUUGGAGUGGGCCUCGUGGUGCUUGCGUCUGCGUUUUUUGUGUUGGGUUUGCCGCAGAACUAUGGCGAUGCCGCAGGUCUUCAUCAUCCCCGAGCCGCAGCUCCUUCUUCGUUCCGAGAAGACGUCCCAUCACCUUCGUUCAAUGGCAAGGUGAUCAGCUCACAGAACAAUGUCGACUCCGACUUUCCACCCAUCGUUUUUCCAGCGGACGAUGCCGAUGGUCACGAUCACAAAAGCUACGAAAUCUCUUCUGUUGAUUUCCACAGGGUUGAGACCCCCUUUAUUAUUGGAAUUUGGAUAUUUAGCGCCAGUUUGGCCAAAAUUGGAUUUCAUAUGACUCCAAAACUGAGUGCAAUUUUCCCAGAAUCGUGCCUGUUGAUAGUAGUUGGUGUAGUAAUUGGCGUUGUCUUAGUGUACGCUACAGAGAGUGCUGUUGCCCUGUUGACCCCUAAUCUGUUUUUCUUCUACAUGUUGCCGCCUAUUAUACUAGACGCGGGAUACUUCAUGCCGAACAGACUCUUCUUCGACCAUCUGGGGACUAUUUUACUGUUUGCCGUAGUAGGAACCAUCUUUAACUGUUUGACAAUAGGUGUCUCACUAUGGGCUGUUGGACUCACGGGGCUGUUUUCGGUACAAUUACCGAUUCUUGAUAGCCUUCUGUUUGCAGCCCUGAUAUCAGCAGUAGAUCCAGUGGCUGUGCUCGCGGUUUUCGAAGAAAUUCAUGUCAACGAAAUAUUGUACAUUAUUGUUUUCGGGGAAUCGUUACUAAAUGACGCCGUGACCGUUGUACUGUACCACAUGUUCGAGGCGUAUACGGAAAUGGGCGCGGAGAAAAUCGUGUACCAAGAUGUCUUAUCGGGUUUCGCUAGUUUCAUUGUAGUAGCCGUGGGGGGGACGCUUAUCGGUAUUGUAUGGGGUUUCGCUACCGGGUUUGUUACACGAUUUACGUAUCAAGUGCGCGUUAUUGAACCUAUUUUUAUAUUCGUGAUGGCCUACCUGGCGUACCUAUCCGCAGAGAUUUUUCACAUGUCCGGCAUUUUAGCUAUAACAUUUUGUGGGAUAACAAUGAAGAACUACGUUGAGGCUAAUAUUUCGCACAAGUCUCAUACAACGAUAAAAUACGCCAUGAAAAUGUUGAGCAGUUCUUCCGAAACAAUCAUUUUCAUGUUCCUGGGCAUUGCUACUGUAAAUAAAAACCACGAUUGGAACACUUACUUCAUUGUUCUAACUAUCAUGUUCUGCUCCUUUUAUAGAGCACUAGGUGUGAUCUUGUUUUCCGCGCUGGCCAAUCGUUUCAGAGUUCACCAGCUUCAGAAGGUGGAUAAAUUUGUGAUGUCUUACGGGGGUUUGAGGGGAGCAGUGGCGUUUGCUCUCGUAUCUACUGUAGAAACGAAAGUGGUGAAACUACAGCCCAUGUUUAUGACGACCACCAUUGCUGUUAUUUAUUUCACCGUGUUCUUUCAAGGCAUCACCAUAAAACCUUUAGUAAAAGUUCUAAAAGUUAAGACUGCCGAAAAACGGAAACCGACCAUGAAUGAAAGGAUACACGAAAAGGUCAUGGAUCACCUGAUGGCAGGAAUAGAGGACAUACUGGGUCUCCACGGAAAUUUCCACGUACGAGACAGAUUUAAACACUUUGACAACAAAUUUAUUCGUCCAUACCUAGUCCGGAAUUACACAGGAGCUGAACCGAAAAUUCUUGAGACUUAUUCCAAAUUGGCUAUGCGCGACGCGAUAGAAUUUAUGCGCCGGAACGCCUCAACGAUCGGUAACAUGUCUGGUACCGAAAGUAUGUCUGCCAUUUUUAGAAAUUACACGGCGGGAACUUUGAAUGGAAGCACGAGCUUCAGCCAAUUGGAUAAUAGCACUUGGAAUAUUGACAUGCAAGAACUAGAAUAUAAUCCAUCCAGAAAGGACUUAACUGACGCAAAAAUUCAUCAUCUAUUAGCCGAAGAACUAUGCAAACCUAAAAGGAUGUGGAAAAUUACAGACGAUAGUAUCCUUAUAGAUCCCGGAAAACGAGAAUCAAGAGGAUCAAUCGACGGGGUAGAUCUUGGUCGAGUGGCUACUCCAACUGCUACUGAACGAAUGUUACCGUGGAAACGUAACGAUGAAAACGAAUUUUCUGCUCCAGUACAGCAGUCCGAAUUUCCCGCUUGGGCCUCAAACAAAGAAUAUUUGGCCUACAAUUCGCCCUCUGCCACGUUCUUGGGAGGAAUUGAAAAUCCUCGUUCUUCUGUAAUAGGAUUAUUUAGAAAGGACAGUACCAAUUCAGGACAAGCAAGUAGUCCUGAAGUGUCUCCCCAGAAGGAACGUCGACGAUCCUCAGGAGCGAAUGCGGUUCUACUUAUCGAAGAAAACGAAUUGCCUGUUGAUCCCCUGGGAGCCAUCGUAAGGCCAAGGACGUCGCAAGGCUCUCACACACCUACGCAAAAGAAGCCAGUUCGAAGGGGUUCUAUGCUGGAACUAACGGGGAUUCUAAGUCGGGAGGCGAUCCCGGAAGAAGUCCUCAGUAACCGUUGGAGACGCUCCUCGUGUUUACCUACACGCACCACACGAACCCCUCGAACAAGCGAACGUCACAACAGUAUUUCCAGUACGGCCCUGCUUUCGUCCCCUUCUCCAACGCCUACUGACGAAAGUUCUGUUGAUGAGGAUGACGAUGAUGAUCUUGACGACUUGGAUUUGAUGAAAGCUGGAUUCUAGCAAAGGUUUUAACAUUCACGUGUGAUAUUUAAGAGUUAGCCGAUUCCUAAGUAUUAAGUUAGGCGAUUUUAACCGACUUCAAGAAAAACUCAAUAGUUUUGCGUAUGAUGUAGGCCUUUUUAGACGAUUGUGACCCGAUUUUAAUUAUUCUUUUUUUAUCGGAUAUGCCGUAGAUCAAGAGUGGUCCCAUUUAAAUUAAGGAAUGAUUACCCGUUUUCAACUUUUGACGUGACAACGUCUUAUAAUUCGAUGGAGACGGCUGCACGCACGAAAAAACAUGACUCAU